AUUCGUUGCCUUCUCAUACAAUAUAUAAAUUUCACUGAGUAACUUAUUGGAUAAGCAUGAAAUCUUUCCUGAAUAUGAAUAUAUUUUCAGACCUCAAAAAUUAAAAGAGCCUUUUUGUUUAUUGUGACGAUAAUGGCGAGAAGUAGGCUUACGUAUAACUACGAUUACGAAGCAAAACAAACUGCUAAUGCAUUUGCAGAUGAAAACCGUACUACUGAUACUAGUACGAAUAUAGAUUUUGCUGGACUUAAAAACUUAGAUGAUGUAAUUAGUGCUUAUAACGAAAUAUGUCGAGAAGAGGAUAAAGCUAAAAAAGAGCUGGAAAACUUACUUAAUCAGCAACCUCAUUUGGAAGCCAAAGUUAUGUCUCUUCAGAGAAUGCUGCCAAACCUUCAAUUAGUUCAUACAGAUGCCAAACAACUAUCUAGUAUGGUGGCUUUCACCUCAACAUUAGCAGAAAAUAUAAGUAGUAAAGUUAGACAGUUGGAUUUGGGUAAGAGUCGUGUUAGCGAAUGCAUGCAGAGAGUUGAGGAUAUAUUGGACUUGAAGUUCUGUACUGAUGGAGUGAGUACAGCAUUAGAAAAUGAAGAUUAUGAACAGGCAGCAGCUCAUAUUCAUAGGUUCCUGAGUUUGGACGAGUCUGUGUUGAGAAGGUCUGCUGCAGAUAGUAAUGAAGGAAGUAGCUUGGAAGAAGCUUUCUCCAGGCUUCAUGAAGCUGAAUUCAAACUGAAGACUAUAGUCAUGCAGAAGUUUGAUAAAGCAGUGUGUGAUGGUGAUGUGGCUUCAGUUGAGCGUUUCUUCAAAACUUUUCCACUCCUGAACCAACAUACUGAAGGAUUGAAGAAGUUUUCUACCUAUUUGUGUUCACAGGUUACUGAGGCUGCUCAGGGGAAUCUUAAAAGUGCUCAGAGCUCUGAUCCCAAUGAAAAGAGAGCAAAUGUUAUAUAUGCAGACACAUUAACUUUGUUGUUUGAAAGUAUUGCAAGAAUAGUGGAAAUCCAUCAACCAUUAGUAGAAACUUAUUAUGGUCAUGGCAGACUACUGAGUGUUAUUGAGAUCUUACAGAAAGAAUGUGAUCGGCAGGUUAAGAAAAUAUUGGAUGACUUCAAAUUAAACAGACGUUUUGCAAAUAAGGCAGCAGUUGUGGCAAAAUUGGUGGAAAAUCCAAAUGAAGGGGAAAAGUUAGAUCCAAGGGAGUUAGAUGUGCUUUUAACUGAAAUGACUUUGAUUAACACUCGAGCAGAGCUUUAUAUGCGUUUCAUUCGGCGCCGUGUUUCAGGAGAUAUUGAAGUGGCAUCUCAAGAAGAAGAUGUAAAGCAAGAGCAACUGAAAAGGCUGUCUGUAUUAAUUAAAGAUUGUGAGUUAAGUCGAGCCAUGCAGGAGUUAGUUGGCAUAUACAUUACAAUGGAGAAGUACUUCAUGUGUGAGUCUGUCAGUAAGGCUAUCAUUUUGGACAGAAAAGAAGAAAAUCCACAAACCUCCAAUAUGGUAGAUGAUGUGUUUUUUAUUUUAAAGAAAUGUAUCAGGAGAUCAUUAUCAAGCUCAAGUGUAGACUGUGUUUGUGCCAUGUUAAACCACACAUGUUCUUUGUUGGAAGAAACAUUCUUUGAUGUGCUGAAUGGGCGUAUACGCCAAGGUUUUCCUUCUGGAGGUAUAGACCUUGCCCAAACAAUUAAUGUCAUACAGUCCAGUCUGCAACAAGGUCGCCUUCAGGCUUCAGAUACUGAAAAAGCUCGUGCAGUAUACCUGAAAACACUGGAUAAUGCAGAAAUGGCAUGCGAAUACAUACGAAUGCUAAGAAGGAAACUUGAGGAGGAAGCCAGCAAAAGCUUUCCAAACUCAACAGAACAAGAAAAGGCAAAAUUAGAGAGUGGUAUUUCAGACUUAAGUUCUGUAACUACCAAGUUCCAGCUGAUUCUUAACACUGGAAUGACUGAACUGUGUGAAAAAGCAGUCACUCCUUGCAUUGAAACAUGGGUGGAGAAAUUUAAAUCAACAAAUCAUGAGGUUUCUGAGGAAAAGUUCUCUCAGUAUGAAGCAAAUGAUGGAUUAAGAAGCUUUAUUCAAGAUUUUAUUAUGAAGAUUGAUGAAACUCUUAAUUCUUUUAAAGUCAGUUUAUCAUCCAGUAAUUAUGAUGUUUUGGUAAGUCUUCUUGCAACUGAAUUGACAAAACAACUAGAAAAAGCUGUUCUGGAGUGUAAAUUUAAUAGACUUGGAGGUCUUCAGUUUGAUAAAGAGCUGAGAGCAUUGGUAACAUAUUUAACCUCCAUAACUACGUGGACCAUUCGAGACAAGUUUGCUCGUCUAACUCAGAUAGCUACGAUUCUAAACCUGGAGAGGGUAAACGAAAUUCUAGAUAUAUGGGGAUCCGACCCUGGAAGUUUAACAUGGAGGUUGACUCCGACUGAAGUACGAACUGCCUUAAAACUGAGAGUUGACUUCAAGAAAGAAGACAUCAAGAAGUUAAAACUGUGAUUUGUACUUUUAUACUGUUUUUCACAGCUGUUGAAGGGAUAGAAAUGUGCAAACCUUACAUACAUAACACAACAUUCCUGGAGUCCACAGAACUGCCAUUCGUAUUAGAUGUGAGUGCACUGGUGUCAGUUGUAGCAGGUCAAUUAUUAUUAUAAUAUUACAACUUUGUGAGUCAUUAAAUGCGUGUUCAUAGAUGAUAUUUUCCUCUUACCCUAUUAAAUACACUUAAACAAGUGUGUAUAGCUUAAAAAGUAUCACAUUAAUGAGCAUUUUAAGGAUUUAUUUUGUUAUAUAUGACUAUUGUACUCUUGAAAUUUUUUUGUCUAAUACUGCAUAUCCAGUGAGAUACCGUAUUGCCUCUAAUUAACACCCCCAGGGGUGUUGUAAACUGCAGGGGGGGGGUGCUAAUUGCAGUAUUUGUGCAGUUUCAGAUUCUGUUUUUCAUACGUGUUUUUUUAUUUCAAGCUAAUAACUGUGUGUGUGUGUGUUUGUUCUUUUUUUUUCAAAUCAAAAUUACAGUAGUAAAAGUAGAUUCUAUGUUGGAUUACUAUUGCUAUAACACAACAUGAGCUUUAUAAAAAUACUGGGGGGAGGGGCAAUAAUUAGAGGCAAUACAGUAGAUUUAUUUUGUCAAUGAUUUAUUAGGUACUGAUUGUAGCAGGGCCUCCUUCUGGUGUAUGAACUGAUAUGAAGUUUAUUAACUGAAUGAGUAUGAACCAGAAAAUGGUAAUCUGUUCAUUGUUUCCAAAAAGUGUUGUAAACAGUGUCUAUUUAUUUGUUAGAGAUAAAAGUGGGUAUUAGGAAUACUCCUUGUUAUUGGAAGCACCCAUACUUCACUCAUACACUACCAGUUAUUUAACUAAGGUAGCAAAUGUUACCUGUAUGGUAAUAGAAAGUCUAUAUCUGAUUCUUAAAGUAUGUAAUAUUAAAGUUGUUUUGUUUUGUUUUUCCUUCCAGGAAUAAAAAAAAUAUAUAAUAUGAUACCAAAUGAUCUGUAAGUUUUGUAUGCAUGGAAAGUCAUUUUGUUCCAUACAGACAGAUUAUUUAAACUAUUUUACCAUUAUAUACCAUGUUGGAAAACAUAUUGCAGAUUUAAAACUAAAUAUAUAUUUUUUGGAACGUAAUGUCUGUUACUGGAUAGCUUCUGUGUCUUUAUAAAGACAUAAGAUGUUAAUAAGUUAAAUAUUACAGCUGGCUUAAAUGUUUACACAGUUGUUUAUUUAAAACGUCAAGUUAUGGAAUAGCAAUUAGUAGAAGUCAUCAUAGUUUGCUGUGAUAUGUAAUUUGUAGCUUGACAAGAAAAUAGAGAGAGCUCUACUGUCUUUGC